AACUCUGAGAUAUCUUUAUUCGAAGCCAACAUCCGAUUCAUGGGAAGUUUAUUGACAAAUUACGCACUCACAGGCGACGUAAUGUUCCGAGACAAGGCUGUACAACUUGCUGAGCGAAUGCUACCGGCUUUUCAGACUGAAACUGGAAUCCCACAUUCCCUUAUCAACCUUCAUACUGGGAUGAGCAGAAACUACGGCUGGGCAAGUGGUGGUUGUAGUAUUCUCUCGGAGUUGGGUACUAUGCAUCUCGAGUUUUCAUAUCUGAGUGACAUAACUGGGAAUCCGGUUUUCAAGAGUAAGGUCGAACACGUGAGAUCUACAUUGAGGAGUCUUGAAAAACCCAAAGGCUUAUAUCCUAAUUUCAUUCAUCCACGAACCGGCAAGUGGGGAUUACAUCAUAUAUCUCUCGGCGCAUUAGGUGAUAGCUUUUACGAGUAUUUAUUGAAAGCUUGGAUUCAAUCCGGUAAAGAAGAUACAGAAGCACGUGAAAUGUAUGAAGAAGCUAUCAAUGCUAUAAUUGAUCAUAUGAUCUUUAAAUCACCUGGUGGAUUAACUUAUGUUUCUGAUUUAAAAUACGACAAAGUUGAACACAAAAUGGGUCAUCUCGCUUGCUUUGCUGGUGGAAUGUUUGCUCUUGGUGCAAAGGCAAUGGAUAAUGACGAAUCUAGAAAUCACAUGGCUUAUGCUGCUGAACUAACAAGAACUUGCCACGAAUCUUAUGACCGCAGUGUUACUAAACUCGGCCCCGAAACAUUCCAUUUUACGGAUAAAACAGAAGCUAAAUGUUUGAAAAAUGGUGAAAAAUACUACAUUUUACGACCAGAGACUUUUGAGUCCUACUUCAUUCUCUGGCGAUUGACAAAAGAUCCUAAAUACCGUGAGUGGGGUUGGGAAGCGGUAGAAGCUUUAGAAAAGCAUUGUCGUGUACCAGGAGGAUUCACAGGAAUCAGUAAUGUGUAUUCAGUGGAUUCAGCGAAAGAUGAUGUUCAGCAAAGUUACUUCUUUGCCGAAACACUCAAGUAUCUCUACUUACUCUUCAGUGAUGACAAUCUGAUAAGCUUAGAUGAUUGGGUCUUCAAUUCAGAAGCUCACAUGCUUCCAAUUAAAGGAAAUCCUCUCUACCGACAAGCACCUACAACGUUAUAA